AUGAGAACGUUAUGCUCGAUGAGAACGUUUAGAGAAGCACCAGUGAUGAUUCGGUUAGCGAUUUUUAAAUCAGGUAUUCUAAGUAAACUGGACUAUGGUAGCGUUGUCUAUGAUAGUAAAUGGCAUGGAGAUCAAGUGGAAAUCGAUAAUGGUAAUCAUCACAAUACCAAAGAAAUGUUUUCCAUUUUACAAAAUGUACAUGAACGAUGUCCAGAAAUAACAUAUAUUUAUGAUUUACCAUUAAAAAGUGUACAAGAAAGGCCAUUACGUGUUAUUGUUUUCUCAGAUAAUCCAACUGAACAUGAACCUCUUGAACCAGAAUUUAAAUAUAUUGGAAAUAUGCAUGGAAAUGAAGUAGUUGGUAGAGAAUUAUUAUUAAAUUUAGCCGAAUAUUUAUGUAAUGAAUAUAAAUUUAAUAAUAAUGAAAAUAUAAAAAAAUUAGUGGAUAAUACGAGAAUACAUUUGAUGCCUUCUAUGAAUCCUGAUGGAUGGGAAAUAGCUGCUGCUAAUGCUUGGAAUACAACUGGACAACAAAACUUUCCGGAUAUCAAAACAAUGUUAAAAGAAGAAGGAACUACUGAUUGGACCGCUGGCCGUGCAAAUGCGAAUGGUAUUGAUCUUAACAGAAAUUUUCCAAAUCUUGAUGAAGUUAUAUAUGAAUAUAAUCAUCUUGCUAAUCAUCGAAAUAAUCAUUUGAAUAUUGAGACAUUUAUUGCAUUAACAACUGGUAGUGACUGUCACGAUAAUCCAUAUCAAAUAGAAACAGUAACCGUUGCAUUUUGGAUUAUGCAAUCAUCAUUUGUAUUAUCAGCGAAUUUACAUAACGGUGAUCUAGUGGCAAAUUAUCCGUAUGAUGAUAGUGAAUUACAUGUGAAAACGUAUUCACCAUCACCCGAUGAUCCAUUAUUUCAACAAUUGGCUGAAUCGUAUUCUUACUCUCAUUCAAAAAUGGCCAAAUCGGCAAAACCGUGUGCAACUGAUUUAUUUCAAGAUGGAAUAACGAACGGUGCAAAUUGGUAUCCUGUUUGCGGUGGAAUGCAAGAUUUUAAUUAUUUGGCAAGUAAUUGUUUUGAGUUAACUCUUGAACUUGGUUGCAGAAAAUUUCCUCCGGGAAAACAUCUAGCAGGCUUAUGGGAUGAUAAUAAAGAUGCAUUAAUUAAUUUUAUGUGGCAAACCCAUCUUGGAAUCAAAGGUUUGAUCAAUGAUGAAGAUAAUGAGCCAAUUUAUAAUGCUACAAUAAAAGUUUUUCAAUUAGUUAAUGGUCAUUGGAAAUAUAUUGAUCAUGACGUGACCUCUGCUAAAAAUGGUGAUUAUUGGAGAUUAUUAACCGAUGGUUCAUAUGCCAUACUAGUAAAGAAAUCAGGCUAUGAAACAAGUAUAAAGUAUGUUGAUGUACAAAACGGCAAAGAUGUUGAAGCACAACGAGUAGAUUUUACAUUAAACAGUCAAAUGUCAAAUAAAAGAUCACAUAUUCAAGCUCUAUUAAAAAGAUUAAUGAAAAAAAAUUAUUAA